AUGUCGGCUAGAAUCCCUAUUAUCGUCUCCGAUCGCGUAAGCGACAAGGCCAAGGCCACCUUGGACGUGGUUGCCAAGUUUGUGGAAGAGGAGUGCAUUCCUGCGGAUCCAGUUCUCGAGGCCCAGGUCGGUGAGGGCGACGCGCGAUGGAACGCCCACCCUGCGAUUAUCGAGGAUCUCAAGGCCAAGGCCCAGAAACUCGGUCUAUGGAACAUGUUCCUGCCUAAGGGCCACUACAAGGAGUCCCCAGGAUGGACCAACCUCGAGUACGGCCUGAUGGCUGAGUGGCUUGGUCGAUCUCGCUCCGCCAGCGAGGCGUGCAACUGCGCUGCCCCCGACACAGGCAACAUGGAGGUUCUCGCCAAGUAUGGCAACGAGCAGCAGAAGCAGCAGUGGCUCAAGCCGCUCAUGGAGGGCAAGAUUCGCUCUGCGUUCCUCAUGACUGAGCCAGAUGUGGCGAGCUCCGAUGCGACCAACAUCGAGCUCAGCAUCCGCAAGGAAGGGAAUGAAUACGUUUUGAACGGCAGUAAAUGGUGGUCGAGCGGUGCUGGUGACCCGAGAUGCAGCGUUUACGUUGUCAUGGGAAAGAGUGAUCCCAACAACAAGGAUCCCUACCUGCAGCAGUCCGUCAUCCUCGUGCCCGCUGAUGCACCUGGCAUGAAGAUCCACCGCAUGCUCAAGGUCUACGGCUACGAUGAUGCCCCUCAUGGACAUGGACACAUUACUUUCACCAAUGUUCGUGUGUCUGCUGCUAACAUGGUCCUUGGCGAGGGACGAGGCUUCGAGAUCAUCCAAGGUCGUCUGGGACCCGGCCGCAUCCACCACGCCAUGCGCAGCAUUGGUGCCUCUGAGCGCGCUCUCGACUGGAUGCUGAUGCGCGUCAACGAUGACCGCAAGAAGCCGUUCGGCAAGCAACUUCGCGAGCACGGUGUGAUCCUCGAAUGGAUUGCCAAGUCACGCAUCGAGAUCGACGCGGCACGCCUGAUUGUCCUCAACGCCGCCAUUCAGAUGGAUGUACACGGCCCGAAGAAGGCCCUUAAGGAAAUCGCGGAGGCCAAGGUUCUCAUCCCCCAGACUGCUCUGACAGUCAUUGACCGCGCCGUGCAGGCGUUCGGCGGAGCUGGUGUCUGCCAGGAUACCCCCCUCGCCAACAUGUGGGCUGGCAUCCGAACGCUCAGGCUGGCUGACGGCCCAGACGAGGUACAUCUGCAACAGAUGGGACGCAACGAGAAUAAGAGGGGCAAGGAAGUCACGGAUCACAUCAAGUGGCAAGCGACCAAGACGGAAGAGCUGAUGAAGAUCUGGAAAGCCUCCAGCGCGCAGCCGGGCACGAAUAUCACCAGGGCCAAGAUCUGA